AUGUCUACUGCCACUGAAAACACCUCUACUGAGGGCGCUACUGUCGAAGGCUCCUUUACUCCUAAAACCCUCUUCAAGUACAAUGGGCACGACAUGCAGGAAAUCUACAUCGCCGUUAAAGGUGUUGUUUACGACGUUUCUGCUGGCAGGUCCUUCUAUGGCCCAAGCGGCCCGUACGCCAAUUUUGCCGGUCAUGAUGCCUCCAGAGGUUUGGCGUUGAACUCCUUCGACGCUGAGUGUAUCAGAGAUUUUGACCAGCCAAUUGACGACUUGAAGGACUUGACGCCCGAGGAUAUCGAUUCCUUGGACGGCUGGGAGGAGCAUUUUCAAAAGAAGUACCCUGUUGUCGGCACUUUAGUCGAGAACUAA